ACUUCGCUAAAAUUUUCGGACGCCAUUGUGUGAAAAGUUUUUAGCUCGUGAAGAAGUGUGAAUAAAUAGUGAAAUAGUACGAUUGCUAUCAUAAAAAAAUUUGAUUUAAAGGUUAAGCCAAGUGAAAUUUAUAAAAGAAAAGAUUUAAGACAGCUCUAGUCUACAUUUAAAAUGCGUGGCGGACGUGGUGGAUAUAAUUCCCGAGGCUCGGGCUCCAGCCGUGGUGGCAACAAUUAUCGUAGUAACAAUUAUGGACGCAUGCAAAAUUCAAGCGGAAGGUCUGGUGGGCGUGAUGGCUACAAUCAUAGUUACAACAGUAGUGGAGGAAAUUCACGUUAUAACAACUAUAAUUCUGGAGCGAGUGGCAGCGGUGGGCAUUAUGAUCGCAACAGGGAUCGCUUCAAUAAUAGUUCUGCCGGUGGAAGUCGUCAUGAAUCUGGGCAUAAGAGAAAUUAUCGCGAUACUUCGCGCGAACGUACUGAUGAUAGGAAGCGCUCACGACAAGAUGACUAUCGGCGUAACUCAUCAACAGGACGUGGUAAUCGCACGCCACCACCCCCUCCUCCACCAAUGGUCUCGUCAGUAACAACAUCGACCUACCGUAGUACCGGUGGCGCCAAUACAUCUAGCAAUUCGUAUCGCGGUACGAAUUCACGUAACGAUAGAGAUGACUCUGCCGCAAAUACCAGCCGUCACCGUUCAUCACCGAUGGGCAUACAAAAGCGUCCCAUACGCUCCGGUUACGUUUCAAGAGCUCGUGGUAAUAUUUCAUCAUAUCGUGGGGGUAUGCGCACCACUAUGCUAAGGGGCGGUGUGCGCAUCAUUCGCAACAACCGGAAUGAAUCAAACGAUUUACGCAUUAUGCGCCGAAAGCUGUUGUAUGCACAACAAAAAGAUCGUGCGCGUGUAAUUAAAAUACAGCGCCUUACAAGCUCAUUACGUCGCCGCAGGAUAAUGCGUCGUUCGAAGAGUCCACGCCGUUCACGAACCAAGAAGGACGAUUCAUCAGAUGACGAAGAGGAUAAUGACAAAGACAACGACAGUGAUAAGGAUGAUAGCAAGAGUGACUCCGAUACUAAGAAGAAAUCGUCAAAACGUAGCAGUAGUAAACGGGCCAAGUCUUCUGAAAAGGGUGAUGAAGCCGAAAAAGGUGAGGAUGAUGAUGGUGAUGACGAUGAUGAAGAUAAUGAAGGAGACGAUAUCAAAGAGGAAUCUAAGUCGGCAAAAAAGAGUAAAAAGGGUGAGGAUUCAUCAGCAGAAACUGAUGAUCACAAGGAUGAUGAAGAUGAAGAAGGUGGUGAUGGCGAAGUUGAAGGUGGUGCAGCAGGUGAUGCGAAUGCUGAUAAAGAAAAGGAAAGUGGUGAAAAAGAUAUAAAGAAAGAAGGUAAGAAAAAAGAGAAGGAUGAUGAAGAUCGCAAAAAGGAUAAGUCCAAGAAGAGUUCAUCGUCUUCGAAGAAGGACAAGGAUAAGGGUAAAGAAGGCAAAGAUAAGCGUAAGAAGGACGACCACAGCGAUGAUGAAUCUGAGAAAAAGGAUAAGAAGGUGCAUAGCUCGCGACGAGAUGAUUACAAACCCCGGAACACUGGUUCACGCGUCAAUCUGAAGUGCAUUCACUGUCACAUGAGCUGCUUCACUUACCUAGAUUACCAACAACAUUUGUACUGUCGUACUCAUCGGAAUGCAAUUCGACAAAUUUCGCUCCGACAAAAGGCACAUUUGUUACGUCUGCGUGCUCGCCAGCGUGCUGCACAACGCGAAAUCGAAGAAAAUUCGAAGGAGGAGUACGAAUCUAAGUUUUGUCACCUAUGCCGUUUGCAUUAUCGCCAACCUAAGGCUAAACAUCAGUUGUCGGAGCACCACAAGACUAUGAAAAAGUUCUUAAUGCCAUACUGUUCCACAUGUCAUUUGGCAUUCAAGAGCCCAAUGCUCUAUGAAACGCAUCGCUGUUCUUUGGAGCACUUAAAGCGCAAGUCACGCAAACGUGAUUCGGAUAGCGACAACAGCGAUGAGGAUACUCGCGAAAUUGAUCUGAACAAAUUCUUAACUGUCGAUUCGGUAGGGGAAAUUGACGAAAUAGAUGAUAUGGAUGUGGACGCUCUACUGAACGAGGCAGAAGGUGGUACAGAUGGCGAGGACAACAGCAAAGAACGUCAACCCGUGGGCGCAUCGUUCAUAAAGAAAGUUGAUGCAUACUUUUGCGAACUGUGCAAUCAUUACUCAGUUGCAAGUGACUCUGUAGAAGCAUAUGCCAAGAAGCAUUGCCUACUACGCUCCCAUCUCAAAGCGUUCUUGCGUAGUAAGGAAGAAGAAGAGAAAGCAGCUAAAAAAGAAAAGGCAAAGGAAGAAAAAGAGAGUGAAAAUGUUGCUAAGGAUUCCAUCAAGAAAGAAAAGGAACUUGGUGAAGAGGAGGAGGAGGAUAAAAAUGCUACGGAAGAAAAUGGUCACGAGAGUGGUGGCGAAGAAGGUGAAGAAGGGGCUGAGGAUAAGCUUUGGGAGGAUGUCGAUAAGGACUUGGGCGAUUUAUUACGCGAAGUUGGGCCAGAAGAUCGAGAUGACGAAGAAGAAGACGAAUCGGUGCUCAAUAUUGAUAUUGAAAGUGAAAAACCCAAGGCCAAGGAGGUGAAUGGCAAGAAAGAGGAACCCGCUGCUGCACCUCCAGCACCGGCACCAGCACCAGCUGCGGCUGAGGUCAAAGAAGUUAAAGAAGUAGUAAAAGUUGCAACUAAGACCCAAGCAACACCAGGCAAACCAAAACCACAACGCAAGGUGGCGUCGAGCACCAAAACCGCUGCAGUAUCAAGUGAGACUAAGGAGAAAGGUGCAACAGCUAAAUAAGAUGCGAAUAUUAAUUUUACCUUUAGUAAACAUAAUAAACUUAAACUAUUGGAGCAUUACAAAGCCCUGUAGAAUAACGCAUAGGUUUUACGAACUGCUAAGAAAGGUGUUCUUAUAUAAAUGUUUUAGCCGUUACUGAUUAGUAAUAUAAUAUAAUAAUAAUCGUGCGAAAAUAAAAAAGAA